AUGCCAGAAACAGUCCGUCCGGCCUUUGCUGACCGGCCGCGUCCGCUACUCUCAUAUGGGAUUCCAUUCCCCGAAGCAGCCCAUCAUGUUGGCGACACUUUCGGAGCCUCAAAGAUCUACAUCAUCUGCUCGGGCUCGCUGGCCCGCAACACAGAUGCUUUGGACCGUCUGGUCGCGGCGCUAGGACCAGAAAAGGGUCCGGCCAGCCAUACUCUCUGGUCCGAAGUCCUGGAGAUCGUGCACGAUGCGCGUCGAGUUGAGGCUGAUCUACUCUUGACGCUGGGCGCAGGCAGUCUGACCGACGGGGCCAAGGUGGUCGCAUUGGCUCUUGCAAACAACGUCCAGACGGCAUCCGACCUCGCAACUCUAGCCACAGGCCCGGACCAGCGCGUCGACGUCCACGCACCAACCAUCCCCAUCAUCUCCAUCCCCACCUCCCUCUCCACAGGCGAGUACUCCGACUUCGCCGGCGCCACAGACGACACCACCCGCCGGAAACACUCCUUCCAGGCGCCGACGCGCGGGCCUCAGCUCGUCAUCCUCGACCCGGACCUCGCAACCACCACCCCGCCGUCCAUCUGGCUGAGCACCGGCAUCCGCGCUGUCGACCACUGCGUUGAGACGCUGUGCGCCACGACUGGCAAAUCCGAGACGACAGACGCGCACGCCAUGCACGCCCUGGAGCUGCUCGUCCCGGGCCUGCUGCGGUGCAGACAUGACCCUGCCGGCCACGACCGCGACGCGCGCCUGCAGUGCCAGCGUGGCGCCGUGAAUGCCAUGGCGACGUUGACGGGUGGGUCUUCGGUCGAGCUGGGCGCCAGCCAUGGGAUCGGCCACCAGCUUGGGCCAUUGGGGGUCGGCCACGGCGAGACGAGCUGUAUCCUGCUGCCGGCUGUGUGCAAGUUCAACGCGAGGCAUGGCGCCAAUCGCGAGCAGCAGGAGCGGGCGCGGGACUUUCUUGUGCGGAAUGCCGAGGUGGCGCGCGUGCUGCGUGAUCGGGGCGUGGACGCCUCGUUGGCGGAUUUGGGUGAUGUCUUGGAUGCCGUCAUUCGGGAGCUGGGGAUGCCGCGCUCGUUGAAGGAGGUCGGGGUCGGCCGGGAUGCGCUGGACGAGCUGGCGGCCAACAGUCUGCAUGAUCGCUGGUGCAAGACGAAUCCCGUGCCGUUGACGGAGAAGAAGCAAGUACUGGAGAUUCUGGAAAUGGCCGUGGAGUGA